AUGGCAUUUCUCAAAACCCUUCUCUCUCUCUACAUUCCCUUCCUUUUCAUCUUCUGUUUCUUCAACAAAGCCUCAACAAAAUCCAUUCCUCCAACCACUUCCUCUGAUGUUCAACUCAUCUUAUACAAAAUCAAACCUUCACUUCAAGGCACCAAUGAAAACCUCGUCCUCUCCUCAUGGAACACCUCAACUCCUCUCUGUCAAUGGAGAGGCCUCAAAUGGGUCUUCACCAACGGUUCAUCUCUCUCAUGUACUGACCUCUCUUCACCUCAAUGGAACAAUCUUUCCUUCUCAAAAGACCCUUUUUUGCACUUGCUGUCUCUUCAACUCCCCUCUGCAAAUCUCUCUGGUUCUCUCCCCAGAGAGCUCGGGCAGUUUCCUAUGCUGCAAAGUCUUUACCUUAACAUCAAUUCAUUGAGUGGAACCAUUCCUCUUGAGCUUGGUUAUGGCUCUUCACUUACUGAUAUUGAUUUGAGUGACAAUCUUUUGGUUGGUGACCUUCCACCUUCUGUAUGGAACUUGUGUGAUAAGCUUGUUUCUCUUAAGGUUCAUGGAAAUUCCUUAUCUGGGUCUGUUCCAGAACCUGCAUUACCUGAUUCAUCUUGUAAGGUUUUGCAGUUUCUUGAUUUGGGUGGUAAUAAAUUUUCUGGUGAUUUUCCUGAUUUUGUUACUAAAUUUGGUGCUUUAAAAGAGCUUGAUUUAGGGAGUAAUAUGUUUAGUGGUGCAAUUUCUAAUGGUUUGGUUGGACUUAGGUUAGAAAAAUUGAAUCUUUCUCAUAAUAAUUUUAGUGGGGUUGUUCCGUUUUUCGGCGAAUCGAAAUUCGGUGUGGAUUGUUUUGAAGGGAAUAGUCCUGAUUUGUGUGGUUCACCUUUGCGAAGUUGUGGUAAGAAUUCUUCAUUGAGUUCUGGUGCUGUUGCUGGUAUUGUUAUUAGUCUUAUGACAGGUGCUGUUGUUUUGGCUUCUUUGUUGAUUGGUUAUAUGCAAAACAAGAAGAAAAAGGGGAGUGGUGAGAGUGAAGAUGAGUUGAAUGAUGAUGAAGAGGAUGAGGAGAACGGCGGUGGUGGUGGUUCCGUUGGUGGAAAUGGUGGUGAAGGGAAGCUUAUGUUGUUUGCUGGUGGUGAGAAUUUGACACUUGAUGAUGUGUUGAAUGCGACGGGACAAGUUAUGGAGAAGACGUGUUAUGGAACAGCUUAUAAGGCUAAACUUGCGGAUGGUGGGACGAUCGCGUUGAGGUUGUUGAGAGAAGGGACUUGCAAGGAUAGGAGUUCGUGUUUGGCGGUUAUUAAACAGUUGGGAAAAAUUCGACACGAGAAUUUGAUUCCUCUGAGAGCUUUCUAUCAAGGGAAAAGAGGAGAGAAGCUGCUUAUUUAUGAUUAUUUGCCUCUCAGAACUCUUCAUGAACUUUUGCAUGAAAUUAAAGCAGGAAAACCAGUGCUAAAUUGGGCAAGGAGACACAAGAUUGCAUUAGGUAUAGCAAGAGGACUAGCAUAUCUUCAUACGGGACUCGACGUUCCUAUAACUCACGCAAACGUAAGAUCCAAGAACGUGCUCGUAGACGACUUCUUCGUUGCAAGGAUCACUGACUUCGCUCUCGAUAAGCUAAUGAUCCCUUCCAUAGCAGACGAAAUGGUGGCACUCGCCAAGACAGACGGCUACAAGGCACCAGAGCUUCAAAGAAUGAAGAAAUGCAACUCAAGGACCGACGUCUACGCCUUCGGUAUAUUACUUCUGGAGAUCUUAAUCGGUAGGAAGCCUGGUAAGAACGGAAGAAGUGGCGAGUAUAUAGAUUUACCUUCGAUGGUGAAGGUAGCUGUUUUGGAGGAAACUACAAUGGAAGUUUUCGACGUGGAACUGUUGAAAGGGAUAAGAAGUCCAAUGGAAGACGGGUUGGUUCAGGCGUUGAAGCUGGCGAUGGGAUGUUGUGCACCGGUGGCGUCGGUUAGACCGAGCAUGGAGGAAGUUGUGAGGCAGUUGGAGGAGAAUAGACCAAGGAACAGGUCUGCUUUAUACAGUCCAACUGAGACAAGAAGUGGAAGUAUUACACCAUUUUGA